GUGAAACAGUGAUGGAUCACCGUUGGAAAUAUCCCCGAGUAUCGCGACCCGCGCCUCUCCAAAUCUUGGAACGCUUUUCCCGGCCCUCAGCCUUUCCCUUAUUUUCAAAAUUUUCUUUCGUUUCUCCUCGCUCCGGGAUCCCAUUUUCUUCCCCCUUUCGCGCAAUCCGAAAACCCCCCCCCCCCCUAAGAUUCCGCGGCAUCGGGACGCCGAAAAUUUAUUUCCACCCCCGUAGGGUCCGACGGACGUUCCGAGGCCGGAGAUCGGGUGGUAAAAAUUUUCGUCCCUUUUUUUCCGGGCGCCGCGGGGGCGACGUCGACCCACCCCGUCGGACCGUUCCUGGUUUCGGAACUUUCCGGGGGUAGUUCGUACGCCGGGCUCGACUCGUGGGGAACGGCCGGUGGGGGUUGCGGGGGCGUUCAGGGAGCGGUAAGGGGAAGGGGAGGUAGAAUUAGUGGACGGCCUGGCGGACAAUGUGGGGAUACUUUCUCAUAUCAAGUAUGGCCGCUAUCGUGGCAUGAUGGCCAAAACAAUUAGUGGCGGAGGUGGUGGUUUUUGAAGGGCAUCGUGGCCCCCCGCGCGCGACAAGCAGGUGCGACAAGAGCGGCGCUAACAGAGGAGGGCGAUGGCGUCCACGUUAGCUCGGGGUCCUCCGAUCUCGGAGUCCGGCGAGGUGGAGAGCGACGGUUCGAGCUGCGAGGACAACAGGGACGCGACGCUGAAGCGACCGCACGGCGACGCGGAUUCGGCGGCCGGUAAAAAGCGACGGAAACAAUCGACGCCGUUGCGUUUCCCGUCGUCCCUUGUGGCGGAGGACCGCGACGAGGACGACGAGGAGGACGACGACGAGGAGGAGGAGGACGAAGAGUCCCAGGAGGAGGAGGAGGAGGGCGCGGUACGGGCGGCGCUCGACGGCGAAGGUAAGACAACGGUCGAACGGAUCCGACGGACGUCGAAGGACGAAAAUUUGAAUAACGAAUUCCGAUGCCAAUAUUGUAGUCUGUUGUUCGAUAGCGAGCAAACGCUCGACCGUCACAUUAACAGCGAGCACUCUGUCUCGCGGCCGGCUGUCCAGCGAUCGCCGGUCAAUCCGCAAAUUCAGGUUAAGCAGGAAUUCGGUCAGAGUCAGGAGCAGCCCGAGUGUCCCGUGAACCUGUCGGGUAUCGGUAUAAAAAGUUUCGCGGCCACGUGGUUGUCCGGUCAGGUCCAAUCGCAGUCGCAUCAGAUCCAACUGCAGUCGCAAACCGACGAAUGGCCGCCCUCGGGCUCCGCCGCCGCCGCGGCCUCCCUCUCCUCCAUCUCCAACCACCUUCAGGCCCUUCCGUUCCCCGGCGCCCUCGCCCAGUACCUGCCUAUGCCGAAUUUUUCGCUCGCCUCGGACUCCACGGGACAGACGGCGAGCAGGCCGCCCAUCGGCCCGGCGCCCAUGAGGAUAUUCAAUCCCGACGCUUACUGCGAUCUUUGCAACAAGGAGUUCUGCAACAAGUAUUUCCUCAAGACGCACAAGGCCAACAAGCACGGCAUAUACGUCGACACGCCGGGUCAGACGGUCGGCGAAUCGGGUUUCCAGGCGUCCGGAUACUCCGGAUCGUUCGUCUCGACCGGCGUGAAACUGGAACAUCAGCAGCAACAGCCGCCGCCGUCGCAGCAGCAGCAACAGCAACACCAACAGCCCGCGAUGAAACUGGAGGCGUCCGCGGUUCCGGCGGUCAUCCAUGCGCCGUCCGUCUUGAAUUCGCUCUGCGAUAUUUGUCAGAAACGUUUCAAAAACGAGGAAUCGUUGAGGAGGCACAAACAGAAGGUGCACAACGUCGAAAACGUCGAUUCCGCCGACUCUCUGAUGCUCCCGCCCCAGACGAACGAAGACGAGAGGGAUACUUCCCACCACAGUCUGAGCCCCGGUGCCAUGGAGGCGCUGUUCAAGCAGGAAUUCGGCGUCGAGCAGGAGGACACGACGUUCAUGCCGGCGCCCAGACACCUCUCGCCCCAGUCGGUACAGCAGGCCAGGGACUCGGGGUUCAACGCCGACCGUUUGCGGAGACUGGGCGUCAUCAAUCCCGAGGCGUUCUGCGAGAUCUGUUGCAAGGAGUACUGCAACAAGUACUUCCUGCGCACCCACAAGAUGAAGAGGCACGGCGUGGUGGUCGUUCAGGACAACGAGAAGUCGCCCAGCAAUCCCGGAGCGGCGGCCGCCUGGCACCACGUUCAGACCAGUCCGCUGAAUCUGAUAGUCGGUGAGACCAGCGGCAACAGUUCGGAGUCGGGCGACCGUUUGGGCGACGAUUACGAGUGCAAACCGUGCGGCAUCAGGUUUCAAACAAUGGGAUUGCACCAGGCGCACCGCCGCAAGAUCCACGAAACGGAGGAGGGCGCCUCGCCGAAACGUGAGAACGAAAACGACAACGGCGACCGACGGAGGGCCGACUCCAUCAGCGAGGACCUCCAGAAGCUGCAGACGAUGAUCCUGCAGCUGAACGGUCUGGAGUCGGGGAGGGCGGCGUCCUGUCCGAUAUGCGGCAAGGACUCCGAAUCCAGACAGUCCCUGAGGAACCACAUGACGUCGGAGCACGGCGCGCUCCUCGAGGACCCGGUCACCCCGCCCGUCCAGGCCAACGAGAAGUCGCCGCCGCCGAGCGGCGGCCCCUUGAACUGCGCGUUCUGCGACAAGGAGUUCUUCGGUCAGGAAACGCUGAGGAAACACGUUAACGAGGACCACCAGCCCUCGGCGCCUACGUCCGCCCCGCUGCCGUCGGCGACGCUACCGACCCCGGCGACCUCGUUGACGCCGAGCGCGCCGGCCGCCGCCGCCGCCGCCCCCCAAAACCAGGAGCGAAGGACCUCCUCCGUCUCGAUGACGCCGACGUCCAGCUACUGCGAGAUCUGCAACAAGGAACUGUGCAACAAGUACUUCAUGAAAACGCACAUGCAAAGAAUGCACGGCAUCGAGAUAGAGAAUGGCGCCCAGAUAGGCGGCGUUAUAUGCAACAUAUGCAACAAGGAAUUGUGCAGCAAGUAUUUCCUGAGGGUACACAAGCACAACACGCACGGUAUAAUCGAGGAGGGAUCGGCGCCAACCGGCACCGCGAAACAGGCCGACAACGAGGCGAACCACCAGACCGCCGAGGACCCCGCCCUGAAACCGGAACAACUGGGUGACCUCAGUCACCGCUACUUCACCCACUUCACGGAGGUGUGUCCGAUAUGCAGCAGGAGAUUCAGGAGCACGAAAUGGCUGAAGGCGCACCUGCUCAGCGAUCACGGGAAGAUCGGCAUAGACAAGUGGCGAGAGUUGGAGCAGCAGUACCAGUCGGGACCGCGCGGCGGUAGGACCCCGGGUCCCUCGAGAGGCCCGCAUCCCCAGAAUCCUAACCUGAAAAUACCGAACGGCAUAGAGAUGGCCGCCCAGCACCUGAAGAGCGGAGAUUACGCCGGUCUGGGCAAUCAGGUUCUUUCGACUCUGUUCGGCUCCGCGGAGGACCAGCAGAUGAAGAGCUACCGUUGCUCCUACUGCGCGUUCACCACACCGGUACUGGCGUUCCUAUUCGUUCACGAACGGUCGCACACGAGUCCCCAGAGUUCCGGUUCGGCCAUCGAGGCCGAGAGGACCCUGCAGUGCCCCGUCUGUCUUCAGGGUUUCUCGCAGCCCGAACUGCUCCAGCAUCACCUGCUCACUCAGCACCAGUUCCCGGGGCUGAUUCCCCCCUUCCAGCCGCAUCUCGUCAACACAUCCCGGCCCGAAUCGUCAUCGGAAAAGGACAGCGAGUCGAAGGACCGAACGGAUUUGGACUCAAGGGACGAUACGACGAAACGUUCGAGUCCCCAGACGUCCGGCGGCGCGUCCUUCAACGACCUGCAGAAAAUUCAGCGACCGGAAGACGCCACGGCGGUACAGGUUACGCCGCAGGGUGCUUACAAGUGCGCCCAGUGCGGUUACGCCACCGCCAAUUUGAACCGGAUCAAGAAGCACAUCAGGAAGGAUCACAGGACCAUCGCGGCCGGCGAUCCUUCGGAGACGGCUAUCGGCGAGUUGACGCGGACGUUGAAAGACGUGUCGAACAAACACAGGAUACCCGCCAGUUACGCAAUGCCGCAGGACAUGAAUUCGAAUCCGGAAAAAACGAUAAUGCAACCGUUUCUCAUCGAGGAAUGCGGCGAAAUUAUUCACGGCUCGUCGGAGUCGAACGCGGAGAAAAAGUUCGCACCGGCCCUCGUUUACCUGCCGGUAAAAACGCGAAUAAAUGCUCCGUUAACGGCAUCCUUCAAUCUCAGUCCUGCCUGAAACAAAAAACCAAAGUUCCUAGUCACCGUAAAAAUUCACGAUAUGUACGUUCUUUUUUUUGAAAAAGGAAAAAAAACAAAUCUACGUGUGAUUUUUUUCUAGUAUC